AUGAAUUCUGGACCAGAAAAAUCAAAUAUUAUUUUAAGGCAGGGUGAAACUCAAACACAAGUUAAUCUAUCUAAUGAUACAAACAAGUCUUUAGAGCAUUCUAUAAGUGAUGUAGAACUUAGGGUUACUGUAAAAGUUUUGGGUUAUGUACUUGUGUUUAUUUUACAAUGGAUUCCUACAAUACCAUAUGAAAUAUAUCAAAUAUACGGAAAUGCACCUACCUGGAUGUACUGCAUGGUUGCUGCGUCAAUUAAUAUGGGGGGUAUUGGAAAUGCCAUAUUUUAUAUAAUAAAUGAAGGAUUAAGUCGUAAUGUAGAUAAUUGUAAAUCUUCCUUGACAACUUGUCAAACUACAGAACAAAUUGUGCUUAAUUCAAAAGACAUAAAUGAUAGUGACUCGAUAUAUGAAAAUGUUGAGAGUAGAUUUUCGAUAAAUUUAUCAAAGAGAUCUCUUGAUGUUAUUCCUGAUGGCACGUGUUAA